AUGGCUAACAUAUUUAAUUUAUUUGGUGAAAUAUCAGAAUUUCACAAAGGUUCAACUACAAAAUCUCUAACAAGAUCAAAAACAUGUCUUGGUAUAAAUGGUUCUUUAAAGAAUGUUGGUCAAUCAAAACCAAAAGGAUUAUCAAUUAGAUCUAGUUCUGAUUUAAAUGUACCUGAAACUGUGCAAGCUACUUUCAACAAACAACAAGAAUUGUUAAAGCCAAAACUAACACAAUUAGAUAAUGAUGAAACUAAGUGCAUUUUCCAUAAAAAAAAAGAUAUAUCUCCAAAAAAAGAACUUGAUAUAAAACAUGUAAAAUCACCUUUAUCGUAUAAUGAAAAAAAUUUAGCUCCAUAUUAUGAUAUGCAAUUUGAAUUUGAUGAUAUUUAUACUAAAGACAUAGAAAAUGAAUUUAAAGAAUUACUUAAAAAAAAGGGAAAUGAAGUAAUACCUUAUGAAGAUGAAUUUGAAUUAGAUCAAAGGCAAAUUAAGUUUGAAAUACCAAAAUUAUGUAUACCUAUAUUUGAUGAAGAAUGGAUACAAUAUAAAAUUCCUGAUUUACCAGAAAUAUCUAAUGAAUUUUAA